GAAAGUCAGCCUCGGGCAAGGAGGGAAGCAAGUAUACAUGACCCGGUUUUGGAGAUACCUUCUACGAUCUAUAAACUCGCAAUAAAAUAAAUGAUUUAUCUACAUUCUAAGUGCAUCUGGUUAUCCCUGGGGCACAGCGUUUGUCCGAGCAGCGCGCGCCUGAAGAAGGCCUGCGGUCGACGCCCGCUUCACGCAUCUUUCCGCGGGAUGCGACGAGAGGCAGUGCGCGUGCAAUGAGGCCGCGACACCGAGACUUGGCGCGCGCUCGUCGUCCUCUACCACUUGUCUACUCCAUGUACUGUUGGAAAUAUGGAAGAGAUGUGAUUUCCACCACCACUGCCACGUCUUCCAAGUCCCUCCCUCCUAUUCGCCACCUUCGCACCUUCAAAGAUGCGGGUGCAUUCAUAAGCCAGCGACGGUGACCACCCUGCUUAGUUCGGAUCUGUUUCCAGUCAAACAGCGAUGAGAGAAAGAAGUCAGACAUCUACUAAAUAACCCGCGGGAUCAUCAAACAAUUUUCUUCUUUUACGUCUCGUUCCUGCCUUCCAAACACAAACACAAAAACCAACUUGAAAGGUGAUCUCGGCCUCGUAAUGAACUUGUGAGUAGUUCAUCAACCUGUCCUCCUCUCCAAGCACCUCCAUCAAACACAGCUUACAAGGAGAUCUGCGCUUUGAAACCAACUUCCAAGCAUGUUGUUCCUCUAUUCCAAGAAACAUUUCCAAAAAGUAACUGCUCGUAAAAGACGACCGAGGCCUUCAAAAUAAACGAGGGGUACGCUCCACGACUUGGUAUAAAAGUGAGGAUUAAGUAGCCACAGAUGUGGCUGCACAUGUCAAACAAGUUUGAGUAUCGCUGAUAUUAAUAAAAUAUUUUAUUAGCCAACAGCGGAGACUGAAACUUUUGGAAAGAAGAUACAGACGACAAAAGAAGAUGUCAAUGCUCACUUGGACUUGAAACUUCCCUCCUGAGCAGACUGAGUGAUCAAUUCGCAAAGUCCACAUACCUGUGUGCUUCUGGUGCUUGUCGACGGUUCCACCCAGUUAAACCCACCCGAGGCUGGCAGCACUGAAAAGACAUUCUUCGCUCCAACUUUCUUCCAGACUUUCUGCAGCAGACCCCUCCCACAUCCUCUCCUCCCUCGUGUGAAGGCAUCCCAUGGACAGGGACACCGGCGGUUAUUUCCAGUCCAGGCGCCAUCGAGAAAUAAAUCUUGUGUUCGCCUCCAAGGAUCUCACCAAAUCCAGAAAACACUGUGACCACAUCCUGUUUUCUAACUGCUCCACAGUGUCUGCUGACCACAGCAUAAAAUGAUUGUGGUUGACAACGGUCACUGAAGAGAGAGAUUUGGGCCAGAUAAGUUGAAAAGGUCUGCACCCACCCCACUGUCGUCGACGCCGUCGCCACAGCCGCCAUGAACAGCACCAACGACACAGUCGCGGGCCCCACAUCUAUCUUCGACCGGUACCCGUCAACGACCGAGCUGGUGGAAAAAUUCGUGCCCACAGCGCCGCUGGUAGAGCGCUGGAUCCUGCCCUUGUGGUACAUCAUCGGUCUGACAGGGAACCCCGUGUCGGCCAUCGUGUGGUUUGGCCGACGCAUGCGGCGCAACAACUCCUCCGCCAUCUACCUGGGCAGCCUGGCCGUGUCCGAUGUCAUCUUCCUGCUGUUGCACCUCCUGUACUCGCUGAACACCGUGUGGGGCUACCAGGUGUACGCUGUGCAGGACGGUUGUGCCUUCAUGUUUUUCUUCUACGUACCCCAGUACCUGUCUGUGGUGCUGGUGCUCGGCUUCACGGUGGAGCGCUACACCGCGGUGUGCCACCCGUUCUUGAAGGAGAAGUGGUGUACGGUGCGCCGCGCCUGUUUCAUCGUCGUGGUCUUCGUCGUCCUGUCCGUCGCCCUCUCUGCAGCGCAAAUCUACAUCUGGACCUACAACGAAGAGCAGAAGUCUUGCAAUCACAGGCCGGUGGCCACGGAGGGCGAUGAGAGCAGCUUUUUCAACAUCUGGACCUGGUCCGUGGACAUGGUGGUCUUCGCGGCCCUGCCGCUCAUCGUCCUGGUCUUCAACGCGCUCGUCCUGCGCGAGAUAAUCAAGUUGUCCAAUAACGGAGUCAUCACCCGUCAGCGCCGCACCGGCGGCUCCAACAACACGGCCUCCACAUUGACUCUGCUUUCUGUCAGCUUCUACCUGAUCAUCACGCAGCUGGCCGCCACCAUCGUCAACAACAUGCAGUCCCUCUUCCCGGUGGGCAACUUCACCAUGACGGACGAAGAGGUCUGGGAGGAUCCCACGUGGUCCAGACUCUUCGCUUACAUGGAGGCGCGCAAGAUCGUGGACGUGCUCUGCAUGUCGCACUUUGCUUGCUACUUCUUCGUGUACUACCUGACGGGCAAGCACUUCCGGCGGGAACUGACUUACCUGAUCACGUGUCAUGGAAAGUUCCAGUUCUUUGGGGCGUUCGCCACCAAGACUCACAAAGGUGACAGGUAUUCUAUGGUGUCCAGCAACGGACACACAAUGGCCACCGAGACGUGCACGACGGCCUACACCACCUCCAUGUGACUAUAUGGUUGCUGUGGUCGAGGGGCCCAACUCACAGCGGCCAAAGUGCCGAUGGAACCGGAAGUCCGGGCGAGGACUGAGUGACACUGUUUCGAAGGACUGUCCACUAAUACAAAGCGAAUUUUAAAUUGCUCUGUUUGUUGAGAAUCAAUAGUGUCCGGGUCCGGGAAACUUCAAUCCUGUGAAACAUCAGAAAUUAUGCGACUAUACCUGCAGGUGUGGCUGCAUCCGUUCACGAUGUGGAAAUUGAAAACAACAACAAACUUAUAUCGUUUGAUGAAAAUAGUUGUCAUAGUUCUGUUUACCUUGACAGAAUUUUUAAUAUGAAAUACGUUGCAUCUAGUCGGUAGCUAUGUAUCACAAGCUUCAGUUCGUUGUAGAGGAUGUAAAAAAAAGACAUUACAAAGAGCCUGAGUGUCUCUGCUGUUUGUAUUCAACACUUGACUGACAUUUGUAAACAGUGAUGUCGUUGUUGGGUGUCACCACAAAGACACUUCCGACCAUACAUUUGUACCGCACGAGCUUGGGAGGAAUAAAACACACAGACACAUAUAUACACACACACGCACGCAUUCGCGCACAAAGAAAACUUUUCAUUCGUGUCGAUUAUUGUGACCUGAUACAGGAAUGUGUAUAUACCAUAUAAUAAAGCGUAACCACUAUCAGCGCUUUCAAUCAAUGAGUUAUUUUUUUUUAAUUCACACGCUUUAAUUUUCUCUGCAAAAGCUGGUGUCGCCACCAUCGCAGAGAAAUCCAUGUAAUAAAGCUAUUACAAAAAUAACUGCUUUUAUCGAAUGACUUCGUUUAUGGAUGGAACAUUCGCAAAGACAAAAAUAGGCUUUCAUUGCCCUCCUUCCUUCACCCCAAUCCCCGUGGUAGUGACCUUUCGAUGAAUGAUUGAAGAGAAUACCGCCAUUGGACGGUGACGUCACCAACAGUCAACGAGCUGUUGAUGACAGGGAGGUAAUCCAUUGAUGCGCCUCUCGACAAACGCUCGCUGAAAAAACAUUGUCAUCGAUAUUACCGGGACUAAUGACUGGAACGGACUAAUCGUCUGUUGUCCUUGCUGCUCAAGUAACUAUUUUUGUGCAUCGGAAGCAUGCUUGAGUUUUCUGCCCUGGUUGUUUUCUUUUGCGCCCGGUGAUUCUGAGUGAGAAACAUCCCUGCUUCAGGGUGGGGAUGAAGGAUUGAAGCAUCUUUGAUCAAUGGACUCUCGGGUUGGGGCAGAAGGUGUGGAGCUCUUCGCAUUCAAAAAAGAAAAGUUGCAGACGACCAGGCACCGACUCUUGUUUCCAGAAAAUGAUUCUCUUGCGAGUGAUUCUUCAUUUAAAGUGUUCUCGGUGAUGCUGUCGACAUGAAUUAUUUUUGAAAGUUCACAUUGGGUCAUACUUCUCUCAUCUUCAUCUUUUUUUGGAAAGCAAGUUCGACAAGACUGACCUAAUUUACAUUUAUUCUGUUAGCACAGCACAAAAUGGUUCCAUGGGCUAACAAAAUAGUUGUUUGUAAACACGAUUGCUGUCUUUGUUAGCUCGAAAGUUUUGACAUCGUACAAGGGUGCAGGCACUCUAACAGGUUAAAUAUCUUGACACCCGGGUAUUUCUCUGGGUUGUAAGAUAACUCUCGAGAAGAUUUGAUGGCUGUUCUUAGACAAAAAUGUUUCGAUGACUUGAUGUAAAAGAAGAAUGCUCAGGUGUAGCAUAUCAAAAUGUGCUUCAGGACUCGGGGUAUGUAACGACCUUUACAUGGAAGUGAGAAGAGAACUCAUCAGUUCUGUAAAGUGCAGAGUGCUUGCUCUUAGAAAUUAAAUUUAGCAGCCUCUCUUUCUCUCACAUUCAUUCAUCCACACACUCUCUCUUCUCUUUAUGUUUUUUUUUUUUUUUUGGCCCUUCCUUACUUUAUGUCUCAGUUAUUAUCUCUUUCUCUUUGUCUCUCUCUCUCUCUUUAAACACACAUUUGUUCUUUUUUCAGCCGAGUGACUUUAACAAUCACCGUAUUAACCACCAAAAUGUAUUGCAAAAAACUGUCAUUCUAUCACCUUUUGAACCCUGGUAUUUGCUGUCAUUUUAUGUUUCUGCAGACUUUUUAUCUUCAGUUUCUGUGGAAUGUAAUCAUCAAUCAAGCAACUUCUAUAUUUAUUUUUACUGACUUUGGAGCUCUUUGGACUCUAUCAGUAAACAUUACAUUUAACUGUUUAUCAAGGUGGACAAUAAAACAUGUAUUCGUUUUAAUGAUGAUGAUGACGACGAAGUUGAGAAUAAAUAUGUUGUUAUGAUAAUUACUUAGCUGACCGUCAUUGGUGUCGUCUGUGAUGCUUCUUUGACUGAUAAGUUUGUGCUGCCAUGGCAACCCACAUCUCGUUUCAGUUCUUGUCGGAAACCAAUUUCUGAGCAAUAUUUUCUCUAGAUCUUGCACAUCUGUGAUUUGGAUAGUUUGUGUCGGUUGUCUAAUAUUCGUGUUUUCAUGACUUCGUCAAUGCUUUCGUUUCGUGAAAUAAAGUCUGAAUGGUUUAUCAAUAUGCGUGUGUUCAUGGUGUAAACAUUUCUCUUUUCUUGUAACAGCAUAAAAGGCGAAUCGUUGUAAUGCAAUAUUUCACUCAAAACAUCGAAGUUCUUGUCGAACUUGGCGGUUUUGCAGGAUAAUGUAAGAGGGAUCGGUAACAACUAAUCGAAAAACCACUGAAAAAUUGAUUAGGAUAGUAACUAAGACUGAUCAUCUUUAUCGGUUUUAUUAUCAUAUUGUUGUGUAUUGCACUACGCUAUAACAAUCGUAUUUAUUUUCUUUGAUUUUUUUUACAAGAAAACUCUCACAGUUUGAAUGAAAUGUAAUAAAAGCAGUUCAACUGUGUCUUGGAAGGCUCAUUUUUGAUGAUGUCCAAAAUACAAAAUAAUAUCAUUUUGGGAGCACUGAAAGACUAAAAUUAAUUAUUUCAUGACAUGUUAUAGUGUUUUGGCUUACUUUCAUUUUAAUUAACAAAUGUUAUUUUGUCGAGAAAUCCAAAGAAGUAUUUUAAAUUCCAUAUUUCUGUGUUAUAAUAUUUGAAUAAAUCAGAGAACUUGUACAUUAUCUUUUGACUUUUUGUGGAAAAAAUUACUUGAAUCAAGUAUUGUGAAGAACACUGGGGAAACAGAUGUGUGCCUGACUUCUGUGUGGAUUUUUCUCUGUUUCCUAUUAAAUGUGAAGACGUUUUGUUGAGUGAAGACAUUAAUAAACAUUUUCAUGACAGAAAUAUCAAUGGUAGUGCAAAGUGUUAAAAGAGACUAAUGAAAUAGUUGAAAUCUUUUGAAUAGCCAAAACUACAUUGUUUGUGUCAGACCAAGGUAGUAGUAAAGACAAGAUCAGCUUGACCACAGAAUCCUUGUCACUAGAAGUGUUUUCUUGUCUUUGUUCUUCGCCGUGCAGGUUAUGACUGGGUUAUGUUUCCGUACAGUGCUGCCAGCCAUUCCUUUCAUUUGUUGUUGUUUACAUGCUGCGUACGGGGCACAGCAGCACGAGUAGAUGAAUUGUUUUUUAGUUUGUUUGUUUGUUUGUUUAAAUCGCUACUCACGUCGUGCUCAGCGAAAAUGAAAACAUAAAUAAAUAACAACAAAAAAAA